AUGAUGGAGUGGCAACCAAUGGAGAUCAACCCGGAGGUAGAGACUCAUCUUAAUAAAUAUGUUGUUGUUAUAAUAAGUCUAUCAUAAGACUGAAACUUAAUAUGCGCGCCUGCUCUGUUCCAACGCUCUCUCGGUGUUUGUCUAAUGUCUCCUUCUGUCUGUCUGUCUGUGUUUCAGAUGCUGAACAAGGUGUGUGUAUAAUAUAUCGCCGAGUCAUAACAGAUAUGAUGACAGUAUUCAUGUCCAGUUGUAUAUGACGUUAUAACCAGACAACAGGACAUUAUAAUCUACAGGUAGGUUAUUAUGGACUUGGCCCGGUCGGAGUUAAAACUACUAGUUAGCAUCAGAUGAUCAUAUAAUAAUCAUGUAAACAGCAGAGCGACAGAUGUACAGAAGGUGAACCAGCCGUUAGAAUAUAGCCUAGCCCUAGUAGGCUACCGUCUGUCUCCCCGGUAGCAUCUCUGCCACUACGGGCCUCGGGCCCCACCCGGUGUCUAGGAUACAGGGCGUGGUCGGAUGGAUGGAUGGGGAGAGGACAGACUAAAGAUCAAUAUGUCUCUGGGUCUGAUUUGAAGUUCAUCGCUAUUCAUUUGGGACAGGCAGCCGUGCGGUAAUGUUCUGAUAAAGACGUUAGAACAGCGAAGAUAUGCGUAGUGACUAUAAUAUUAUUGCUGUAUUUUAAUGAGGCCUGUUCUGUCGAGUCAUCAUGGAGGUUUAGUGUCCAUUCCCACGGAGGGUUUCAAGUCGGGCUCCUGGUUCGACCCUCUCUUCUGACGGACAUUUAACGGAUACGGAAGCCAGGUAUAAACGCCAACGCUCUGUAAAUCAAAUCACAUUUUAUUGGUCACAUACACAUAUUUAGCAGAUGUUAUAGCGGGUGUAGCUAAAUGCUUGUGUUCCUAGCUCCAACAGUACAGUAGUAUCUAACAAUACACAACAAUACACACAUCUAAAAGUAAAAGAAUGGAAUUAAGAAAUAUGUAAAUAUUAGGAUGAGCAAUGUCGGAGUGGUAUUGACUAAAAUACAGUAGAAUAGAAUACAGUAUAUACAUAUGAGAUGAGUAAAGCUGUAUGUAAAAAUUAUUAAAGUGACUAGUGUUCCAUUAUUAAAGUGGCCAGUGAUUCCAUGUCUAUGUAUAUAGGGCAGCAGCCUCUAAGGUGCAGGGUUGAGUAACCGGGUGGAGCCGGCUAAUGAUGGCUGUUUAACAGUCUGAUGGCCUUGAGAUAGAAGCUGUUUUUCAGUCUCUCGGUCCCAGCUUUGAUGCACCUGUACUGACCUCGCCUUCUGGAUGAUAGCGGGGUGAACAGGCCGUGGCUCGGGUGGUUGAUGUCCUUGAUGAUCUUUUUGGCCUUCCUGUGACAUCGGGUGCUGUAGGUGUCUUGGAGGGCGGGUUGUUUGGCCCUGGUAAUGCAUUCGGCAGACCGCACCAUCCUCUGGAGAGCCCUGCGGUUUGCGGGCGGUGCAGUUGCCGUACCAGGCGGUGAUACAGCUCGACAGGAUGCUCUCAAUUGUGCAUCUGUAAACGUUUGAGGGUCUUAGGGCCCAAGCCAAAUUCUUUCAGCCUCUCGAGGUUGAAGAGGCGCUGUUGCGCCUUCUUCACCACACUGUCUGUGUGGGUGGACCAUUUCAGAUCAUCAGUGACGUGUACGCAGAGGAACUUAACGCUUUAGGCCUACAUUCUACUAUAUAUAUAUAUAUGAGUAUAGUGAUGUCAUUGACUGGGUGAGUUCCAGAUACUGUCUAGGUGUUCUGGGUGUUCUAAUAUAUCAUGUUGGUGUUGAGCUCUGUUCUAGGUGUUCUGGUUGUUCUAAUCUGUCAUGUUGGUGUUGAGCUCUGUUCUAGGUGUUCUGGGUGUUCUAAUCUAUCAUGUUGGUGUUGAGCUCUGUUCUAGGUGUUCUGGUUGUUCUAAUCUGUCAUGUUGGUCUGGAGCUCUGUUCUAGGUGUUCUGGUUGUUCUAAUCUGUCAUGUUGGUCUGGAGCUCUGUUCUGGGUGUUCUAAUCUAUCAUGUUGGUGUUGAGCUCUGUUCUAGGUGUUCUGGGUGUUCUAAUCUAUCAUGUUGGUGUGGAGCUCUGUUCUAGGUGUUCUAGGUGUUCUAAUCUAUCAUGUUGGUGUUGAGCUCUGUUCUAGGUGUUCUGGUUGUUCUAAUCUAUCAUGUUGGUGUUGAGCUCUGUUCUAGGUGUUCUGGGUGUUCUAAUCUAUCAUGUUGGUGUUGAGCUCUGUUCUAGGUGUUCUGGUUGUUCUAAUCUAUCAUGUUGGUGUUGAGCUCUGUUCUAGGUGUUCUGGGUGUUCUAAUCUAUCAUGUUGGUGUUGAGCUCUGUUCUGGGUGUUCUAAUCUAUCAUGUUGGUCUGGAGCUCUGUUCUAGGUGUUCUGGUUGUUCUAAUCUAUCAUGUUGGUGUUGAGCUCUGUUCUAGGUGUUCUGGGUGUUCUAAUCUAUCAUGUUGGUCUGGAGCUCUGUUCUAGGUGUUCUGGGUGUUCUAAUCUAUCAUGUUGGUGUUGAGCUCUGUUCUAGGUGUUCUGGUUGUUCUAAUCUGUCAUGUUGGUCUGGAGCUCUGUUCUAGGUGUUCUGGGUGUUCUAAUCUAUCAUGUUGGUGUUGAGCUCUGUUCUAGGUGUUCUAGGUGUUCUAAUCUAUCAUGUUGGUGUUGAGCUCUGUUCUAGGUGUUCUGGUUGUUCUAAUCUAUCAUGUUGGUGUUGAGCUCUGUUCUAGGUGUUCUGGUUGUUCUAAUCUAUCAUGUUGGUGUUGAGCUCUGUUCUAGGUGUUCUAAUCUAUCAUGUUGGUGUUGAGCUCUGUUCUAGGUGUUCUGGUUGUUCUAAUCUAUCAUGUUGGUGUUGAGCUCUGUUCUAGGUGUUCUGGGUGUUCUAAUCUAUCAUGUUGGUGUUGAGCUCUGUUCUAGGUGUUCUGGGUGUUCUAAUCUAUCAUGUUGGUGUUGAGCUCUGUUCUAGGUGUUCUGGUUGUUCUAAUCUAUCAUGUUGGUGUUGAGCUCUGUUCUAGGUGUUCUGGGUGUUCUAAUCUAUCAUGUUGGUGUUGAGCUCUGUUCUAGGUGUUCUGGGUGUUCUAAUCUAUCAUGUUGGUGUUGAGCUCUGUUCUAGGUGUUCUGGGUGUUCUAAUCUAUCAUGUUGGUCUGGAGCUCUGUUCUAGGUGUUCUGGGUGUUCUAAUCUAUCAUGUUGGUCUGGAGCUCUGUUCUAGGUGUUCUGGUUGUUCUAAUCUAUCAUGUUGGUGUUGAGCUCUGUUCUAGGUGUUCUGGGUGUUCUAAUCUAUCAUGUUGGUGUUGAGCUCUGUUCUAGGUGUUCUGUAGAGACUGAUAGGAAACGUUAAUGUUGUUUGACUGCGCUGUGUGUUGCAGGUGCUCAGUGGGCUGGGUGUGUGUGGUAGCUGGCGCUUCGUGGACGUGUUGGGCCUGGAGGACGAGGGAGUGUCUUCAGUACCGACUCCCUGCUGUGCUCUCAUGCUACUCUUCCCCCUGACACAACAGGUAACCAUUGAUCUAGCAGCACUGUCUUUAUUGAUACAUUGGACAGCUCUGUUCUGGGGACCCAAAGGUGGUGCACGGUUUGGUUUUUGCUUUAGUAGCUUGAUGAUGAGUUGAUUCUUUGAAUCCGCUGUGUAGUACUGGGGCACUAAACCUCACCCUUGGGGUCCCAGGGCACUAAACCUCACCCUUGGGGUCCCAGGGCACUGAACCUCACCCUUGGGGUCCCAGGGCACUGAACCUCACCCUUGGGGUCCCAGGGCACUGAACCUCACCCUUGGGGUCCCAGGACACUGAACCUCACCCUUGGGGUCCCAGGGCACUAAACCUCACCCUUGGGGUCCCAGGGCACUGAACCUCACCCUUGGGGUCCCAGGACACUGAACCUCACCCUUGGGGUCCCAGGACACUGAACCUCACCCUUGGGGUCCCAGGACACUGAACCUCACCCUUGGGGUCCCAGGGCACUAAACCUCACCCUUGGGGUCCCAGGACACUAAACCUCACCCUUGGGGUCCCAGGGCACUAAACCUCACCCUUGGGGUCCCAGGACACUAAACCUCACCCUUGGGGUCCCAGGACUGAGUUUGAAACUCUGAUGUAGCGUGAUGAUGAUGAUGAUGAUGAUAACGGCGUGUGUUUCAGCAUGAGUCGUUCCGGCAGCAGCAGGCUGGGAAGGUGUCGGGGGCUCCAGGCCUCUACUUCCUGAAACAGACGGUGGUCAACUCCUGUGGCACUGUGGCUCUGCUGCACGCAGUUGCCAACAACCCCACCCACAUAGAGUACGGUGAGUAGGAAAUGGUCCCGCAUGGAGCCAAGAUGGGGGCAAUGUCCCAAUACCCAUACUUGCGUUCUAAAUAGUAGGCUGAUUGGGUAUGUGAAAAUAGAACGUUUAUAGUAUGUGAUAUUUAGAACAUGUAGUGCUUUAAAUGUCAUGAUGUCAUAGUCAUUGGGCUUUACAUCUAGUAGAAUUCACUGAACACUAUUGAGGAAGAGAACGGUCUUUAUCUAGUAGAAUUCACUGAACACUAUUGAGGAAGAGAACGGUCUUUAUCUAGUAGAAUUCACUGAACACUAUUGAGGAAGAGAACGGUCUUUAUCUAGUAGAAUUCACUGAACACUAUUGAGGAAGAGAAUGGUCUUUAUCUAGUAGAAUUCACUGAACACUAUUGAGGAAGAGAACGGUCUUUAUCUAGUAGAAUUCACUGAACACUAUUGAGGAAGAGAACGGUCUUUAUCUAGUAGAAUUCACUGAACACUAUUGAGGAAGAGAAUGGUCUUUAUCUAGUAGAAUUCACUGAACACUAUUGAGGAAGAGAACGGUCUUUAUCUAGUAGAAUUCACUGAACACUAUUGAGGAAGAGAACGGUCUUUAUCUAGUAGAAUUCACUGAACACUAUUGAGGAAGAGAACGGUCUUUAUCUAGUAGAAUUCACUGAACACUAUUGAGGAAGAGAACGGUCUUUAUCUAGUAGAAUUCACUGAACACUAUUGAGGAAGAGAACGGUCUUUAUCUAGUAGAAUUCACUGAACACUAUUGAGGAAGAGAAUGGUCUUUAUCUAGUAGAAUUCACUGAACACUAUUGAGGAAGAGAACGGUCUUUAUCUAGUAGAAUUCACUGAACACUAUUGAGGAAGAGAAUGGUCUUUAUCUAGUAGAAUUCACUGAACACUAUUGAGGAAGAGAACGGUCUUUAUCUAGUAGAAUUCACUGAACACUAUUGAGGAAGAGAACGGUCUUUAUCUAGUAGAAUUCACUGAACACUAUUGAGGAAGAGAACGGUCUUUAUCUAGUAGAAUUCACUGAACACUAUUGAGGAAGAGAACGGUCUUUAUCUAGUAGAAUUCACUGAACACUAUUGAGGAAGAGAACGGUCUUUAUCUAGUAGAAUUCACUGAACACUAUUGAGGAAGAGAAUGGUCUUUAUCUAGUAGAAUUCACUGAACACUAUUGAGGAAGAGAAUGGUCUUUAUCUAGUAGAAUUCACUGAACACUAUUGAGGAAGACUGGUCUGCAGUGUGUUUGACAACAGCUGAUAAAUAAGUUUUUCUUCUGGGUUUUCUUUAUUUAAUGUUUUAUUAUUUUGUAUUAUAAAUGCUUGUUUUCACUAAUCAGUCUGUUCUAAAUAGUAUGUAGUAUGAAGAGUACACAGUAUGUAGUAGGUAAGACAGGUUUCUGGCGUGGCGUGGCGUGGCGUGGCGUGGUGUGGCGUGGUGUGUAACAGUGCUCUCUCUGUGCCAGAUGGUGACUCUGCUCUGAAGAAGUUUCUAGAUGAGACGGCUGACAUGACCCCCGCCCAGCGAGCCACACACCUGGAGAACAACCAGGUAACACACACACCUGGAGAACAACCAGGUCACACACACCUGGAGAACAACCAGGUAACACACACAUUCACAGUUAUAUACACACACAGUAAUACACAAACACAGUAAUAUAUUUACACUCACACACACAUUCACAGUGAUACACACACACACACUGGUCCUCUGUAGCUCAGCUGGUAGAGCAUGGCGCUUGUAACGCCAAGGGUAGUGGGUUCGAUCCCCGGGACCACCCAUACGUAAAAAUGUAUGCGCACAUGACUGUAAGUCGCUUUGGAUAAAAGCGUCUGCUAAAUGGCAUAUUAUUAUAAUAUACGCACACACACACCUUGGUUAUGUCCCAAUUAUCGCUCCUUCCUCCCAAAGUGUGGACUUGUUGUAUGGUAGAAACCCCCUCUAGCUGGACUAUGGUAGAAACCCCCUCUAGCUGGACUAUGGUAGAAACCCCCUCUAGCCGACAUGGUAGAAACCCCCUGUAGCUGGACUAUGGUAGAAACCCCCUCUAGCUGGACUAUGGUAGAAACCCCCUCUAGCCCGACUAUGGUAGAAACCCCCUCUAGCUGGACUAUGGUAGAAACCCCCUCUAGCUGGACUAUGGUAGAAACCCCCUCUAGCUGGACUAUGGUAGAAACCCCCUCUAGCUGGACUAUGGUAGAAACCCCCUCUAGCCGGACUAUGGUAGAAACCCCCUCUAGCCGGACUAUGGUAGAAACCCCCUCUAGCUGGACUAUGGUAGAAACCCCCUCUAGCCCGACUAUGGUAGAAACCCCCCUCUAGCUGGACUACGGUAGAAACCCCCUCUAGCUGGACUAUGGUAGAAACCCCCUCUAGCCGGACUAUGGUAGAAACCCCCUCUAGCUGGACUAUGGUAGAAACCCCCUCUAGCUGGACUAUGGUAGAAACCCCCUCUAGCUGGACUAUGGUAGAAACUCCCUGUAGCUGGAGUAUGGUAGAAACCCCCUCUAGCUGGACUAUGGUAGAAACCCCCUCUAGCUGGACUAUGGUAGAAACUCCCUGUAGCCCGACUAUGGUAGAAACCCCCUCUAGCUGGACUAUGGUAGAAACCCCCUCUAGCUGGACUAUGGUAGAAACUCCCUGUAGCCCGACUAUGGUAGAAACCCCCUCUAGCUGGACUAUGGUAGAAACUCCCUGUAGCCCGACUAUGGUAAACCCCUCUAGCUGGACUAUGGUAGAAACUCCCUGUAGCCCGACUAUGGUAGAAACCCCCUCUAGCUGGACUAUGGUAGAAAACCCCCUCUAGCUGGACUAUGGUAGAAACCCCCUGUAGCUGGACUAUGUAGUAGAACCCCCCUGUAGCUGGACUAUGGUAGAAACCCCCUGUAGCUGGACUAUGGUUAGAAACCCCCUGUAGCUGGACUAUGGUAGAACUCCCUGUAGCUGGAGUAUGGUAGAAACCCCCUCUAGCUGGACUAUGGUAGAAAACCCCCUCUAGCUGGACUAUGGUAGAAACCCUCUAGCCCGACUAUGGUAGAAAACCCCCUCUAGCCGGACUAUGGUAGAAACCCCCUCUAGCUGGACUAUGGUAGAAACCCCCUCUAGCUGGACUAUGGUAGAAACCCCCUCUAGCUGGACUAUGGUAGAAACCCCCUCUAGCUGGACUAUGGUAGAAACCCCCUCUAGCUGGACUAUGGUAGAAACCCCCUCUAGCUGGACUAUGGUAGAAACCCCCUCUAGCCCGACUAUGGUAGAAACCCCCUCUAGCUGGACUAUGGUAGAAACCCCCUCUAGCUGGACUAUGGUAGAAACCCCCUCUAGCUGGACUAUGGUAGAAACCCCCUCUAGCUGGACUAUGGUAGAAACCCCUUCUAGCUGGACUAUGGUAGAAACCCCCUCUAGCUGGACUAUGGUAGAAACCCCCUCUAGCUGGACUAUGGUAGAAACCCCCUCUAGCUGGACUAUGGUAGAAACCCCCUCUAGCUGGACUAUGGUAGAAACCCCCUCUAGCUGGACUAUGGUAGAAACCCCCUCUAGCUGGACUAUGGUAGAAACCCCCUCUAGCCGGACUAUGGUAGAAACCCCCUCUAGCUGGACUAUGGUAGAAACCCCCUGUAGCCCGUGCUUCCUCCACCAACCCAACGCUUGUAGAUUUGUAGUGAACGAGUGCACACUUCAGGAGAAAGUAGAGAUAUUAUUGGGACACGCCUCUAGUCUAGCCUCGUGGUGAACCAGGCUUCCUUAAAACGGGAAGCCUGUGAAGAUCCAUGUCAGAAAUCCGCUAAAGAGUGGUUGGAACCCAGGGUGGAAAUCAGUGAAGCCUCACAACACAUCAAACCAAUCAAAUGCCUUCCUUGGGCGGAACUCCAAAGGUGCCACGUUGCUUCCAGAGGCAGUUUGGAACUCGGUAGUUAGUGUUGCAACUGAGGACAGACAGACUUUUUUUUUUUACGCGCUUCAGCACUCGCCGUUUCCGUUCUGUGAGCUUGUGUGGCCUACCACUUCGCGGCUGAGCCGUUGUUGCUCCUAGACGUUUCCACUUCACGUUGGAACUGUCAAACCGUUUUUUGCUCACGUCAGACAUGAAGCUGCAGUUGUCAUCUUGGCCACUAGAGGACGGCAGAGAGCUGCUGGGUUCUCAGAUGCAUGGCUUUACAGAUCAAUAUGGUGUUGGAACUUAUAGGAAUACAUCAUGUAUAUGUUUACAUUAUAUAGGUUUUAAAUUUUUUAAUUUGUAGGUACAGUGCAUUCAGAAAGUAUUCAGACCCCUUGACUUUUUCCACAUUUCGUUACAGCCUUAUUCUAAAAUUGAUUUAAAUUGUUUUUCCCCCUCAUCAAUCUACACACAAUACCCCAUAAUGACAAAGCAAAAACAGGUUUAGAAUUUUUUGCAAAUGUCUUAAAAAUAAUAAACUGAAGUAUUACAUUUACUUAAGUAUUAAGACCCUUUACUCAGUACUUUGUUGAAGCACCUUUGGCAGCGAUUACAGCCUUGAGUCUUCUUGGGUAUGAUGCUACAAGCUUGGCACACCUGUAUUUGGGGAGUUUCUCCCAUUCUUCUCUGCAGAUCCUCUCAAGCUCUGUCAGGUUGGAUGGGGAGCGUCGCUGCACAGCUAUUUUCAGGUCUCUCCAGAGAUGUUCGAUCAGGUUCAAGUCCGGGCUCUGGCUGAGCCACUCGGGGACACUCAGAGACUCGUCCCGAAGCCACUACUGUGUUGUCUUGGCUGUGUGCUUAGGGUCUUUGUCCUGUUGGAAGGUGAACCUUCGCCCCAGUCUGAGGUCCUGAGCGCUCUGGAGCAGGUUUUCAUCAAGGAUCUCUCUAUAACUUGCGGCGUUCAUCUUUCCCUUGAUCCUGACUAGUCUCCCAGUCCCUGCCACUGAAAACAUCCCCACAGCAUGAUGCUGCCAUCACCAUGCUUCACCAUAGGGAUGGUGCCAGGUUUCCUCCAGACGUGACGCUUGGCAUUCAGGCCAAAGAGUUAAAUCUUGGUUUCAUCAGACCAGAGAAUCUUGUUUCUCAUGUGGUCCUCUGUAGCUCAAUUGGUAGAGCAUGGCGCUUGUAACGCCAGGGUAGUGGGUUCGAUCCCCGGGACCACCCAUUCGUAAAAAUGUAUGCGCACAUGACUGUAUGCCGCUUUGGAUAAAAGCGUCUGCUAAAUGGCAUAUUAUAUUAUUAUCAUGGUCUGAGAGUCCUUUAGGUGCCUUUUGGCAAACUCCAAGCGGGCUGUCAUGUGCCUUUUACUGAGAAGUGGCUUCCGUCUGGCCACGCUACCAUAAAGGCCUGAUUGGUGGAGUGCUGCAGAGAUGGUUGUCCUCUGGAAGAUUCUCCCCAUCUCCACAGAGGAACUCUGGAGCUCUGUCAGAGUGACCAUCGGGUUCUUGGUCACCUCCCUGACCAAGGCCCUUCUCCCCCGAUUGCUCAGUUUGGCCGGGCGGCCAGCUCUAGGAAGAGUCUUGGUGGUUCCAAACUUCUUCCAUUUAAGAAUGAUGGAGGCCACUGUGUUCUUGGGGACAUUCAAUGCUGCAGACAUUUUUUGGUGCCUGUCCCCAGAUCUGUGCCUCGACACAAUCCUGUCUUGGAGCUCUACGGACAAUUCCUUCGACCUCGUGGGUUGGUUUUUGCUCUGACAUGCACUGUCAACUGUGGGACCUUAUGUAGACAGGUGUGCCUUUCCAAAUCAUGUCCAAUCAAUAGUAUUUACCACAGGUGGACUCCAAUCAAGUUGUAGAAACAUCUCAAGGAUGAUCAAUGGAAACAGGAUGCACCUGACCUCAAUUUGGAGUCUCAUAGCAAAGGGUCUGAAUACUUAUGUAAAUAAGGGAUUUCUGUUUUUUAUUUUACACAUUAGCAAAAAUGUCUGAACCUGGUUUCGCUUUGUCAUUAUGGGGUAUUGUGUGUAGAUUGAGGAAAACAAUUAAUUUAAUCAAUUUUAGAAUAAGGCUGUAACAUAGCAAAAUGUGGAAAAAGUCAAGGGGUCUGAAUACUUUGCGAAGGCGCUGGAUGUUUUUAAUGUAGAUGUGUAGAUACCUGUAUGUCAGUGCCAUUUAUGAUGAGGGAGGACAAUUUUAUUUAUUUAUGAGCAUGGCCUUAUUUCUAUUACAGCAUGUUGGAUGACUGUCAUUCAUAUUCCAUCCACCCAGCUCAAUGUAACAUCGAUUGGUUUAGGCUACUACAUGAUACUCCAUUUUCCCUGUACCCAUCAAGAGGUUGCUAUAACCAAGCCUAUGAAUGAAAGUUUACAAUGUGGGUGCACACAGAGAGAAUUUUGAAUAAUCAAGGUGACAGACAUUGACGCAUUAAAUACCGCCUUGCACACUCUUGCCUGCAUCUAGCUUAUCUAGGGUGUAGUCAUUAGUCCAACAGUUGCAAACAAGAGUUUCUAUUGGACAAAAUUCAGGUAUUUUUUAUCCCCGUUUCGUUUUGCUUCCGUUUAAGAAACGUUUUUCAACAGAAUCGGCGUAAUGAAUACACCCCUGAUCACGCAUAAACACAGUUCACUUUCAUAGCAGCCACGUUGUAUUCCUUCUCGCCUCUAUGCGCUCUCCUCCUCUCACAUUUUCCCUUCGCUUGUGGACUUCAAUGAACAACACAUCAGCUGUAUGUGACCAGGUGAAAAAACCUUUCCAAGCCAAACCAUAUCAUAACCGCUACAAACAGCCUACAUCCUUCUCACCAUAUUAUCUAAAGUAACGUCAUUAGUCAACGUAGCUAAUAGAACUAACGCCUUAGUAAACCCGCUACAAUCAUGCAAUAACGUUAGUGUAACCAAAAGCUUACAUUAACUUGGAACAUAGCAUCCCUCUGUUUGAGUAACUAAACUAGCUAGCUGCAUUUGCUAGCUAAGUAAGUGAAACAGAACAUGAAAAAAAUGACUCUCUCUAUAGCUCUCUUGCUUCUCCUUCAUUUUUGAAUAAAUUAAUUUGUUAAACUGUUCAACUAUUGUCUUUCUCUCUCUUUGAGUCAACUACUCACCACAUGUUAUGUACUGCAGUGCUAGCUAGCUGUAGCUUAUGCUUUCAGUACUAGAUUCAUUCUCUGAUCCUUUGAUUGGGUGGACAACAUGUCAGUUCAUGCUGCAAGAGCUCUGAUAGGUUGGAGGACGUCCUCUGGAAGUUGUCAUAAUUACUGUGUAAGUCUAUGGAAGGGGAUGAGAACCAAGAGCCUCCUAGGUUUUGUAUUUUAGUCAAUGUACCCAGAGGAGGACGGAAACUAGCUGUCCUCCGGCUACACAAUGGUGCUACCCUACAGAGUGCUGUGGAGGCUACUGUAGACCUUCAUUGCAAAACAGUGUGUUUUAAUCAAUUAUUUGCUGACUCGAAUAUAUUUAGCGUAGUUUAAUCAAAAAAAUGAUAAGAUUCUUCAAUGUUUUACUAUUUUUAUGGAAUUCACUGAGGAUGGUCCUCCCCUUCCUCUUCUGAGGAGCCUCCACUUCUGUAUAUGUCUACAUAUGUUUUGUGUGUGUAUAUAAUAUAUAUAUUCUAUAAUCUCUGUUUAAUGUAGAUGUGUAUAUAUUGCUGUCUCUUGCAGGCCAUCAGAGAGGCUCAUGAUGAAGUGUCGGCACAGGGCCAGUGCAGGGUGAGAACACACCAUGCAACAUAAGGACCACCUCCAGAUGUUACUGUGUAUUGAUCUAUACAUGUAUCAUUUCAUAUGUUAUUCUCUCCUACCCCCUUUCUCUCCUACCCCCUUUCUCUCCUACCCUCUUUCUCUUUCAGGUGGAGGCAGAUAAAGUGAACUUCCAUUUUAUCACCUUCGUCAAUGUGAAAGGACAGCUUUAUGAGCUGGGUGAGUGUAUGGCUGAGUCUCAGUUUUCCACCCUUCUCCCCAGGUGUGUAUCUCUCCCCUUUCUCACGAUGUGUGUUAAUGAUGUGUUGUGUAGAUGGUAGGAUGGAGGGACCGGUGAACCAUGGAACCACCAAGGAUGACUCCUUCAUCAAGGUACGUUCCUCUUCCAUUCAUCUAAUCCCAGUAGACCUGUGCACCUUCGGCCAACGUAUCAAACUGUGUAAAGGCUAUUUUUUAUUUUAUUUUUUACCCUACGGAGACGAGCCCUACAGAGCGUUUUCCGUCACAAAAAAGGGGGCGUCUCCUUAUAGUGGGUUCCGACAUUUUGACGUACUCCCGUGCCACGUGAUAACUGGAACGUGCCGGAUCAUCCCUUCCGUAGCCAUGGGGACAGUGUUGGCAAUGAAGCUUGAUUUGGUUCCUUGAUCUGAUCUAUAGGCUAGGCAUCAAAGUAGCCUAUUUUUGCAUUGAUAAGCAAAUAUAAUCUCAACAAGUGUUCAAACAAUAAACCAAACAACAUUGUAGCCUUUAUUAGAAUCCUCCCAAAAUGUAUUUUGUUUAGAAGUAUAACUAGUGAUUCCAGGUUAUUGGUAAAAACGGCUGCGAUGUGCUUUUUCUCUGCGAUCAAAACACGACAUUCUACGGUUAGCUGAUAUGGGAGUGAAUCCCUUCAAGCAGUAUAUGAAACUGGGAUAAUGUUGUAGGUUACACUGGCAAGUAUAAGAAUAUUUGCAAGGGUGUAUUAUUUAAUUAUGAAUCUGGUUAUUUCACAUGGAGAUAUGGGAAGCUAAAAGGCUAACUAGAUUGCUGUGUUUAGCCAACUUGGAGAUGAGGGAAGCUAAAAGGCUAACUAGCUUGCUGUGUUUAGCCAACUUGGAGAUGAGGGAAGCUAAAAGGCUAACUAGCUUGCUGUGUUUAGCCAUCUUGGAGAUAUGGGAAGCUAAAAGGCUAACUAGCUUGCUGUCUUUAGCCAUCUUGGAGAUAUGGGAGCUAAAAGGCUAACUAGCUUGCAGUGUUUAGCCAUCUUGGAGAUAUGGGAAGCUAAAAGGCUAACUAGCUUGCAGUGUUUAGCCAACUUGGAGAUGAGGGAAGCUAAAAGGCUAACUAGCUUGCUGUGUUUAGCCAACUUGGAGAUGAGGGAAGCUAAAAGGCUAACUAGCUUGCAGUGUUUAGCCAUCUUGGAGAUAUGGGAAGCUAAAAGGCUAACUAGCUUGCAGUGUUUAGCCAACUUGGAGAUGAGGGAAGCUAAAAGGCUAACUAGCUUGCUGUCUUUAGCCAUCUUGGAGAUAUGGGAGCUAAAAGGCUAACUAGCUUGCAGUGUUUAGCCAUCUUGGAGAUGAGGGAAGCUAAAAGGCUAACUAGCUUGCUGUGUUUAGCCAACUUGGAGAUGAGGGAAGCUAAAAGGCUAACUAGCUUGCUGUGUUUAGCCAACUUGGAGAUGAGGGAAGACGAGACAAAAUAUUUAUUUUGCUUUCACCACAUGAGAAGACCACAAGGACCUCUGUCGCCCUCUUGUAAAUGUUGCUAUUUGGGAGUCUGGACCGGUGAGGUAUCAUGUUACCAAAAGGUGCAUGUUGCUCUAAAACAUCUACCCCCCCCCCCCCCCCCCAGCACAGCAGGCCUGUAGAUCUAUGCAGGUGAAGCUUGUAGAAAGCUUCUGGAAAUUGUAGUGUGGACCUCCAUUUGUACAUUGGGAAGACGUCACCGAGACAUCAGAAUAUAAUGUUGAUGCCUGGCCAACAUCUAAACCAUGUCGUAUGUAGGCAUUUUAAAUACAUCUGCAAGACGUCUGGCCAAUGAGCUAAUAUGUAGGCAUUCUAAAUACAUCUUCCAGACGUCUGUUUACUUGGCCAGAGGGUUAUGCGCUAUCUGGGAUGUUCAUCUAACCUUCAUUUACUGUUAACUGAUCAUCUACCACCUAUGACAUUUGAGUCAUUUAGCAGACGCUCUUAUCCAGAGCUACAGUUAGUGCAUUCAUAUUCUGUCUCUCUCUCUCCCCCCCCCUCUCUCUGUCUCUCUCUGUCUCUCUGUCUCUCUCUCUGUCUCUCUCUCCCCAGGAUGCAGCCAGGGUGUGUCGGGGUUUUGUGGAGAGAGGGGAGGGAGAGGUCCGCUUCUCUGCUGUAGCUCUCUGUCACACCUAAAGACCCAGGACACACUUGCACCACACACACUCUCUCUCUCACACACACACACAGACACACACACACGCGCCCGGUAUGCACUGGAAACAUACCGUUUGCACUCUGCCCACACACACUCCGCAGCACACAUGCGUAGAUAGUAGUUUGCACAAACCUGGUGUAUGUCAUGAUGAUGUCACUACUGCUGUACUUUGUCUGCUGUACUCUGUUUAUUUCUACGUCAGAUCUCACCACUGCUAGACUGUCUUAAUCUGGAGACAUGGAACGGAUAA